AUGAAGUACGCUGCUGCUCUUACGGCUGUUGCCGCCCUCGCUGCCCGCGCCGCUGCUGUCGGUGUCUCCGGCACUCCCGAGGGUUUCGCUUCCUCCGCCACUGGUGGUGGUGAUGCCACUGCCGUCUACCCUACCACCACCGAUGAGCUGGUCUCUUACCUCGGUGAUGACGAGGCCCGUGUCAUUGUCCUCUCCAAGACUUUCGACUUCACUGACACCGAGGGUACUACCACCACCACCGGCUGUGCUCCCUGGGGUACUGCCUCCGGCUGCCAGCUGGCCAUCAACAAGGAUGACUGGUGCACCAACUACGAGCCCGAUGCUCCCACCACCACUGUUACCUACAACACUGCUGGUGAACUCGGUAUCACCGUCAACUCCAACAAGUCCCUGAUCGGUGAGGGUACCAGCGGUGUCAUCAAGGGCCGUGGUCUCCGCAUGGUCAGCGGUGUCUCCAACAUCAUCAUCCAGAACAUUGCUGUCACCGACAUCAACCCCGAGUACGUCUGGGGUGGUGACGCCAUCACUCUCGACGACGCUGACUUGGUCUGGAUUGACCACGUUACCACUGCCCGCAUCGGUCGCCAGCACUACGUCCUCGGUACCGAGGCCGACAACCGUGUCUCCAUCACCAACAACUACAUCGACGGCGAGUCUGACUACUCUGCUACUUGCGACGGCCACCACUACUGGAACGUGUACCUCGACGGCGCUAGCGACAAGGUUACCUUCAAGGGCAACUACCUGUACAAGACCUCCGGCCGUGCCCCCAAGGUCCAGGACAACACCUACCUCCACAUCCUCAACAACUACUGGGAGAACAACUCGGGCCACGCUUUCGAGAUCGGCUCCGGUGGCUACGUCCUCGCUGAGGGUAACUACUUCUCCAACGUUGACACCGUCCUCGAGUCCGACUCCUUCGAGGGUGCUCUCUUCUCUGACAGCGCCUCCUCCACCUGCGAGUCCUACAUUGGCCGCUCCUGCGUUGCCAACGUCAACGGCGGUGACCUCACCGGCACCUCCACCACCGUCCUCUCCAACCUCAGCAGCGACACCCUCCCCUCUGCUGAUGCUGCCAGCACCAGCCCCGCCUCCAGCGCUGGUCAGGGUAACCUGUAA